GAACAUGUUCCAAGAAAUUGGUUACUUGAAUAGUUGGUGUGAUCCUUGGAUGUGAGCCACAAGCAAGGUCCUUGGUGGCAAGCUGAUGUUCAGUUCUCCUUCUCCAACUCACAAGUCACAAUACAUGGUUUCUGUGUUACGCUACUCGCUACUCUCACUCCCACGAAACCAAAAAUGGAGAAUUUCACCCUCAGACCACAUAGCUCAACCUGCUUCCUUCCACUUCCAAUCACCAGAACCUCUCAUCAUCUUCUGCGCUUCCAAUUCUACCCCUCACCUUCAAGCCCCACUCUCAGGCUCAGGCCCAGGCCCAGGCCCAGAGUAGCAGUAGCAUCAUCAUCCAGCUCCAAGUCCAAGGUUCUCAAUGGCCUUCGAGUUGACAACGUUGAACGACGACAACAGGAACAGCAAGCUCCUCCUGUUUCGGCUUCCGAGGAUGUCUCCAAAAUCGUUGGAAUUUGGCCACCUUGGAAGAAUAUUCCUCAGAGAUACAAGCUCAUCGGCACCACUUCCCUCGCCUUUGUUAUCUGUAACAUGGAUAAGGUGAACUUGAGCGUUGCCAUAAUUCCAAUGUCGCAUCAAUUUGGGUGGAACUCAUCCAUGGCUGGGUUGGUUCAGUCCUCAUUCUUCUGGGGUUAUGCUUUGAGUCAAUUGCCGGGAGGUUGGCUAGCCAAGACUUUUGGUGGCAGAAAAGUUCUUGAGGUUGGAGUACUGGUAUGGUCAGUGGCUACAGCUUUUGUUCCUCUUGUUGCUGGAUAUAUGCCUGGCUUACUAUUGUCAAGGGUUUUGGUUGGGAUUGGUGAAGGUGUUUCACCAUCUGCUGCUACUGAUCUUAUUGCCAGGUUAAUACCAUUGGAAGAGCGCUCACGCGCAGUGGCGUUUGUGUUUGGUGGCUUGAGUGUUGGAAGUGUUAUGGGGCUUCUUUUGGCUCCACCUGUUAUCCAAAGUCUUGGCUGGGAAUCAGUGUUCUAUUUAUUUGGUUUUUUGGGGGUUGCAUGGUUUUUGGGGUUUCAAGUUCUUGAAGGAGGUGAGGCGCAGUUACAUGCUGGAUCUCUUUCAUUACCAGGCGUCCAACGUACCACGAUACAAUCACAGAAAAGUUCUCUAAAGGAAUUGAACAGCUCUUUCAAGGAUGUGCCUUGGAAGUCCUUUUUCCGAAGCCCUGCUGUAUGGGCAAUGAUAUAUGCUCACUUCUGUGGUAGCUGGGGUCACUACACCUGUCUAUCAUGGCUCCCAACAUAUUUUAGUGAGGAGCUGAACUUAAAUCUGACAGAAGCAGCAUGGGUGUCUAUUCUUCCACCAUUGGCUUCAGUAUUUAUGACUAAUAUUGCUGCACAAUUAGCCGACAACUUGAUUGCAAGAGGAGUUGAAACCACUACGGUUCGAAAGAUCUGCCAAUCAAUUGCAUUUUUGUCCCCUGCAAUCUGCAUGACUCUUUCCUCGCUGGAUCUAGGGUUACCUCCUUGGGAGAUUGUGAGCAUUCUCACGGGUGGUUUAGCCCUCUCAAGUUUUGCCCUGUCAGGACUUUAUUGUACCCAUCAAGAUAUGUCACCCGAAUAUGCAAGUAUACUUUUGGGUAUAACUAAUACUGUUGGGGCAAUACCUGGAAUUGUAGGCGUAGCGCUCACGGGUUAUCUUCUCGAUUCAACUCAUUCAUGGAGUAUAUCACUAUUUGCGCCAUCAAUCUUCUUCUAUUUGACUGGCACCUUCAUAUGGUUGGCGUUCGCCAGCAGUAAGCCUCAGAGUUUUUCCGAGGAGAACUGAUACAUGUUCCAAUCAUUGAUUAUUUUGAACACAGCCUAGAAAUUUAGGUAAACUUCAAAGCUAGGCAGAUUUUGACAGAGAUUGUAUAUCCGAUCUUUCUAUAAAAAGAUCAUUUUAGUCAAAUAGAAAGGAAACAUUAACAUAGGUAUUGCAGUAUGUAAAUUCUUUUCGCUGACUUGCUAUAGCAGUUGUAUCUUUUUUUACAGAUAUGCUGCCAAAAUGAAAUUAUUGACUUUGUUGUAAUAUUGCAAGGUCAAGUGUCUGUUAUAAUUGUCCUACCUGCUUGUGGUGUUUUGUUCCUUUGAUUUCAAGUUUCAACCAUAAAACUGGUCAUUCUUGUGACCAUUUGGAUA